GUUCCCCCGGAAUAUAAUUCUAUCUCUGAAAUCGGUAUGUUAUUUUUCUCUAUGGCAAUAUAACAUCAUGUCGGGACUACCCAUACCCUUCAGUUGGAUAUUAGUGUCCUUAUCCGAACGGUAAGGACACUGUUGGUAGAAAAGGGUUUUUUAGGGUCCACGAACAGUUGUAGGUUGGAAAGGUAGGCUCCACGGUCUGUUGUCCCUUUUAUAGCGAGACGUUGUAGGUUGUGAGACUGUCUCCGUGUAUUUGGUAAUGAUUAAUGUUAGAAUGAUUUACUUCAUAAUAAUUGAGUUUGUCAUCAGUGGUGGACUUGACUCAGGUACGACUGCCAAUUUACCCGAGCACGGUUCCCCUUUAUAGACGAACAGUGCAGCUGAGGAAGUCAUCAGCUGACGACCAACAUGGAAAGAAUGAACAGCGUGGAAGCCAGACUUUAUGCCCCAUUCCGUCACCUAGAGAGAAUGGGAUACAGGUUAAGACUUUGGGAGGACGAGGCGCUUGCUGUUGUAGACGUUCCGGGUCCUUCUGACGACGCCUUUGACGUCGACGGAAACUGCCAUGUGUGGAGUAUUGUAAAGGUAAUAGGUGCAGCUAUGCAUUUUGCACACAAUUAUCCCCUGGGCGAAAGGGGGCGAUCCUUCUUGGACUACGGAAAACUAACCGAUGGAUUGUACACGUUUAUGGCUUCCUCAUCCUUUGACUUUGCGAGAUCCAUGUAUGAUCCCGAUGUGUCAAAAUGGCCUCUCAAGGUCAAUGUACAGCUCGGGUACAUCGGGAAGUCUUCUACCAAUUUCGUCAGUAAUGUAGUUGUACCAUCAUCGGGUGAGAUAUUGGUAAGAAACAUCAACCAGUUGGUUGCCAUCGACAAGGAAACGCGCAAACCGACGCCAUUCCCGUCAUGGUGGAAGGAGAAACAUGGCGAGAAAGCGGUCAGAAAGGAACCACUGAUUAUACAGAAGCUCUCCAAGCCUGACAACGCCCACACAUACACCUUGCGUGUGUCGUGGAGCGAAACGGACAUGUACAAUCACGUCAACUGGGUGUCCUAUGUGGUGUACUCCAUCGAUGCCCUCCAUCAUGGGAUAAAGGAGGGCAAGUUGAAAGGCAUGGACAAGGAGGUGGUCAAGAAAGGAAUACAGAGGAUGCGGAUGGCUUACUUUGGUGAAUGUGUCGAAGGAGACCAGUUGACGGUUUACUUCUGGGAGGUGGAAGACCAGCCUAGAACUGUAUAUUUUGACAUAGAAAAGUUUGGAGUAUCCGUCUUUCAAAAUACAUUAACAUACCAUCAGUAGGAGUGUUUCCCGAAAAUACAUUGACAUAGCUCCAGUGGGAGAAAUCAUUGUAAGUGCAUAGACAUAUGAAUGGGAUGUGGAGAACUAAAUGUAUGGGACUUUAGUUCUGCAAUUUGUCACAAGAUUUAUAUGUGUAACAUAUGAGUGUUUAUAAAAUAAAUGAGAGAGUGAGUAUGGUUUUUGGCCGCUUUUAGCAAUAUCCCAGCAAAAUCACGGAGGGGGACACCAGAAAGUGGCUUCACACAGUGUAUCCAUGUGGGAAAUCGAACCCGGACCUUCGGCGUGACGAGCGAACGCUUUAACCGCUAGGCUACCCCACCGCCCCCAUAUGAUAGAUGAGAACGUGCACCUGUUCAUGAUAUUUAAUAAAAGGUAUAUUGAUUGGUUGAUAUCAGGUAAUGGAUAUUUGUUCAGGUAUUGUGGUGUCGUUAUUGACAUGUGUUAUUAAUUUUGCACUAAUGGUUUCUCGAAAUGGACGUCGGUCAUUUAAUUGGAUAUUUGGGUGUGGGGGUGUCUCAUCUCAUUCAUGAUCUCUUAUCUGACAACAAUAUGUAUUCAAAAAUCAUUUCAUGCUGCAUAAAACAUAUAUGCAAUAUCAA